AUGACGCAGAGGAAGAUGAAGGAUGAUUCUACUGGAUCAGACGAGGGCGCUACAUCCCUCAGCAGGCCUCUGCCUCAGCCCUCCACACCAGCCCCUCAGCAGGUCCACGCCCCUCACGGUCCACAACGUCCUAGCAGGUCCCCUCAACGCCCCUCAGAAGGUCCCUACAACACCUCGCUAGCAGCGAAUGCCGUCCCUACAACAGUCCCUCAGCAGGUCCUCAACCACCUCAGCAGGCCCCUACAACGUCCCCGUCAGCGAGUGGCCCUGACACAACAGCCCCCAAGGUCCCUACAACAGGCCCCUCAGCAGGCCUCCCAUCCCUAUCAAUGGCCCUCAGCAGGUCCUCGAUCCAACAGCCCCUCAGCGCCCCACAGUCCCUCAGCAGGCCUACACACACGCCCUCAGCAGGCCCUACAACAGCCCCUCAACAGGCCCCUACACAGCCCGCUCACCCUCAGGUCCCUGCGAUCCAACACGCCCGUCCACGAUGCAGGUCCCUUACAACAGCCCCUCAGCAGGUCCCCCAACAGGGCCCGCUCAACAGGCCCCGUACAUAGCCCUCACGAGGCCCCUACCACAGCCCUUCAGAGCCCCUACAAGCAGCCCCUCAGCAGGUCCUACAACAGCCCUCAGCAGGCCCCUACAACACGCCCCCUCAACAGGCCCUACAACAGCCCUCAGCAGGUCCCUCGAUCCAACAGCCCCUCAGCAGGUCGCUUCAACAGCCUCAGCAGGUCCCUCCAACAGCCCUCAACAGGCCCCUACAACAGCCCUCAACAGCCUACCACAGCCCUUCAGCAGGCCCCUACAACAGCCCCAGCAGGUCCCUACAACAGCCCCUCAGCAGGUCCCUUCAACAGCCCUCAGCAGGUCCCUACAACCGCUCUUCAACAGGUCCCUACAACAGCCCUUCAGCAGGCCCCUACAACAGCCCUCAGCAGGCCCCUACACAGCCCCUCAGCAGGUCCCUACAACGCCCUCAGCAGGUCCCUCCAACAGCCCCCUCAGCAGGUCCCUACAACCGCUCUCAACAGGUCCCUACAACGCCUUCACAGGCCCCUACAACAGCCCUCACAUGCCCCUACAACAGCGCAUCAGCAGGUCCCUACAACGCCCCCAGCAGGUCCCGUACAACAGCCCUCAGCAGGUCCCUACAAGCCCCUCGCAGGUCCCUACAACGCCCCUCAGCAGGUCCCUCCCACAACAGCCCCUCAAGCAGGUCCCUACAACACCUCUCAGCAGGUCCCGAUCCAACAGCCUCUCGCAGGCCCUCACCAACAGCCCCUCAGCAAGUCCCUACCAACAGCCCCUCAGCAGGGCCCCUUACACAGCCCCUCAAACAGGUCCCUACACCGUCCUCAGCCAGUCCCUCCUCCAACAGCCCCUCAGAGUCCCUACAAUUCGCCCUCAGCAGGUCUUCCCUCCAACAGCCCCUCAGCAGGUCCCUACAACAGCUCUCAGCAGUCCCUCCAACAGCCCUCAGCGCCCCUACCACAGCCUCAGCAGGUCCCUACCACAGCCCUGUCAGCAGGCCCUACCACCAGCCCUUCAGCAGGCCCCUACAACAGCCUUCAGCAGGCCCUAACCCGCCCUUCAGCAGGUCCCUACAACAGCUCUCAGCAGGUCCCUCCAACAGCCCUUCAGCACAGGCCGCCUACCACAAGCCCUUCAGCAGGCCCCUACCACAGCCCUUCAGCAGGUCCUACCACAGCCCUUCAGCAGGCCCCUAACAACAGCCCCCUCAGCAGGCCCCUCAUCCAAACAGUCCCUCAGCAGGUCCCUCCAACAGCCCUUCAGCAGCCCCUACCACAGCCUUCAGCAAGGUCCCCAACAGCCCCUUCAGCAGGCCCCUACCAACAGCGCCUUCAGCAGGCCCCUAACCACAAGCCCUUCAGCAGGCCCCCUACCAGCCCCUUCAGCAGGCCCCUACCACAGCCCUUCAGCAGGCCCCUACCUGCCCUUCUAGCAGGUCCCUCCAACAGCCCCUCAGCAGGCCCCUACACAGCCCUUCAGCAGGCCCCUACCACAGCCCUUCAGCAGGCCCCUACCACAGCCCUUCAGCAAGGUCCCUACCACAGCCCCUCAGCAGGCCCCUACCAACAGCCCUUCAGCAGGCCCCUACCACCAGCCCGAUUCACACCCCUACCACAAGCCCUUCAGGCAGGCCCCUACAACACCCGCUCAGCAGGCCCUCGAUCCACAGCCUCCACAGGCCCUCACAGGGCCCUCUCAAGCAGGCCCUCACAGGCCCCUCUAGCAGUCCCCACCACAGCCCUCAGCAGGCCCCUACCUCAGCCCUUCAGCAGGCCCCUACCACAGCCCUGUCAGCAGGUCCUCCAACAGCCCCUCAGCAGCCCCUACCACAGCCUUCAGCAGGCCCCUACCACAGCCCUUCAGCAGGUCCCUACCACAGCCGCCCUCAGCAGGGCCCCUACACAGCCCUUCGCAGGCCCCCUACCACAGCCCUUCAGCAGGCCCCUACCCCAGCCCUUCAGCAGGUCCCUCCAACAGCCCUCAACAGGCCCCUACCACAGCCCUUCAGCAGGCCCCAUAUCACAGCCCUUCAGCAGGCCCCUACCACAGCCCUUCAGCAGGUCCCUCCAACAGCCCCUCAGCAGGCCCCUACCACAGCCCUUCAGCAGGCCCCUACCACAGCCCUUCAGCAGGCCUCAGCAGGCCCCUACCACAGCCCUUCAGCGAGGCCCCUACCACAGGCCCUUCAGCAGCGUCCCUCCACAGCCCCUUCACAGGCCCUACCACAGCCCUUCAGCAGCCCCUAUCACAGCCCUUCAGCAGGCCCCUACCACAGCCCUUCAGCAGGUCCCUCCAACAGCCCCUCAGCAGCGGCCCCUAGCCAAGCCCGUUCAGCAGGCCCCUACCACAGCCCUUCAGCAGGGGCCCCUCCACAGCCCUUUCAGCGGUCCCUACCACAAGCCCCUCAGCAGGGCCCAUAACCACAGCCCUUCAGCAGGCCCCUACCACAGCCCCCUCAGCAGGCCCACCACAGCCUUCAGCAGGCCCCUACCACAGCCCUCAGCAGCCCUACCACAGCCCCUUCAGCAGGCCCACCACAGCCCUCAGCAGGCCCCUUACCACAGCCCCUUCACAGGCCCCUACCACAGCCUUCAGCAGCCCUACAACAAGCCCCUCAGCAGGCCCCUCGAUCCAACAGUCCUCAGCAGGCCCCUACCACAGCCUUCAGCGGUCCCUCCAACAGCCCUUCAGCAGGCCCACUACCACAGCCCUUCAGCAGGCCCCUCAACAGCCCCUCAGCAGGUCCCUCCCAAACAGCCUCUCAGCAGAGUCCCUCCAACAGCCCUUCAGCAGGCCCCUACCACAGCCCUUCAGCAGGUCCCUACCACAGCCCUUCAGCAGGCCGCCUACCACAGCCCUUCAGCAGGUCCCUACCACAGCCCUUCAGCAGUGCCCCUACCACAGCCCUUCAAGCAGGUCCCUACCACAGCCCUUUCAGGCAGGCGUCACUACAACAGCCUCUCAGGCAGGCCCCUACCACAAGCCCAUUACAGGCCCCUACACAAUCCCUUUAGCAGGCCCCUACCACAGCCCUUCAGCAGGCCCUACCCACAGCCCUUCAGCAGGGCCCCUACCACAGCCCUUCAGCAGGCCCGCUACCACAGCCCUUCAGCAGGUCGCCUUCCACAACACCUCAGCAGGUCCACUACACACAGCCUCUCAGUGUGUUUGCAAGGGGAAAGAGUCGUGGCCCAGACAUGA